AAAUGCAGCGAGAGGAAACACGGAGCAGUAUCGCGCUUCUUGGGAAUUGGAGGAACAUAAGUCCACCAUGCUCUCCACUAUAAGGGCCUUUGCCCCCUCUUUCAAUCGCUCUCAAUCUCGCGCGUUUUCAACCAAAACCCAGAUGGAUUCCAUCACCAAAAACCCCGACGCCCGCAUCUCGAGGUGCGCGUCCAACUCCAUAUCAACAGAAUCUCGCGGAACCAGUGAAGAUACUCCGAUCACGUUGCAGGAAUGGCAGGGUUGGGGCUCCACAUCUCCGAUGCCUACAAUGGUAACGGAAAUUAUCGAGGAAUUGAAGGCUUUGGAGAAAAAUAUUGAUGCCCAAAUGAGUUUUGGUGGUAAUGGGGGCAAGCUUCAGGGAUACUUUAAAACUCAGGAGGACAAGAAACACCGAGCUACAUAUCAGGCUCUAGGUAGUUCUGAGCAGAAACUCCAAUUCUUUUCAGCUCGACAAAUAGCAUGUCGUUUGCUUGGCAGUCGGGAUUAUCUUUGUCAGAAGUGCUGGCUUCCUUUUGAGGAUUGUAUGUGUUCAAGAGUCAAGCAUUGUCCUCUUUGGUCUGGAGCACGGUUUUGGCUAUAUAUGCAUCCAAAGGAUUUUCUGCGGCAGAACAACACAGGGAAGUUGUUGCUGCAAGUCUUUGGUGUAGAAGCCACAACUUUGUGCCUCUAUGGUAUCUCAGAACAUGAAGAUUUCAUGUGGAGUGCAUUUAAGUCAGCAGGUAAAAGCAAGGUUUGUUGCCUUUACCCCAACAAAAAUGCAACUUCAAAAAGUGUUCAGGAGGCCUUCAGCUCUGAACUCUCGACUAAGCAAGAACGCACGCAGCAAACGACUGAUGGAGAUGGAAUUCUGAAUUUUAUUUUGAUUGAUGGUACAUGGAGCAACUCUGCUGCAAUGUUCAACCGACUCAGGGAGCAAGCCAAAUCAGUUUGGGGGGAGGACCUUCCAUGCAUAUCCUUGACUACUGGCUCGUCUGCAAUGCAUAAACUCAGGCCUCAACCAUCAUGGGACCGAACCUGCACAGCAGCAGCAGCAGCUAGCCUGCUGUUUGAACUUCAACUCAUUCCAAGGUUAAGUUCGGUUGGAUUGGAAAAACAGGGCGAAGCAUUGGAAGAUUCUCUGGAAGUAUUGUUAGAAGCUCUCACUUCUCGACGCAUUCGGAUGGGGCGAUCGAUCACUCGUAAAGUUAGACAUGCAACCAGCUUUUGCUAGUGUCAAGUAUGAUGUUCUUGAAACCCCUUAUAGUCCUUAGUCUUAGGAUUAAUUUUGAAUAUCAGUGAUUUCAAUUUUCGUAAGAACGAAGUUUUUUUAUACAUAUUUAUUAUUGUUUAUGGAGACCAUAUUCUUUGCCCUCA